UCACUUGCGAUUAGUGAUGUUUUGUCAGUUUAUCUGAAAUUUGCAAACAACAUCUGGAAAGAUUCGUUGAUUUGGAUAUGUGAUACUAUACGGACUGAAUUUAGUUUACCAGACAGUUCUUUGGGAUUGCUUGGUUAGAAUGGGUAAUGCGCAGAGUGAAAUCAACUUGAAAGGAGGACCUGUGGGCUACCAUGUGCUCAAGGUUCAAGACGAUUCACCUGGCUCCAAAGCAGGACUGGAGCCAUUUUUUGACUUUAUUACAAGCAUCAAUGGACAGCGCUUGCUGGAGGAUGACGAAACUUUUAAAGGCACAUUGAAGAAUAACGUGGAUCGUCCUGUGGAGCUGGAGCUGUACAAUACAAAAAGUCAGAAUAUUCGUAAAGUGAUCCUAAUCCCAUCCACUUCUUGGGGAGGCCAGGGAUUGCUUGGGGUAUCCAUUCGGUUCUGCUCCUUUGAAGGAGCUGAGCAGAACGUGUGGCAUGUUUUGGAAGUUCAUCCCGGAUCUCCAGCAGCGGCAGCACAGUUUCGUGCCUAUUCCGAUUACAUUAUUGGAGCGGACGUGUUAUUGAAAGAGUCGGAGGAUUUAUUCGCCGUUAUUGAAUCGCACGAAGGGAAACCAUUGAAGUUGUUCGUGUACAAUACCGACACUGACACUGUUCGAGAUGUGACGAUUAUUCCCAAUCGCAACUGGGGUGGUGGAGGAAGUGUGGGUUGCGAUAUUGGCUUCGGCUAUCUCCACCGGAUUCCACAUCAGGCGAAAGACGAAACUGGCGGCGGAGAGGCCGUUAAGAGUAACCAGCAUAAUGUGGGCAAAGCUUCGACGUGUGGACACGAUCACGCCCAUCCGCACGAUCAUUCUCAUCAUCACGGCCACCAUGACCACAACCAUGAUCAUCAUGAUCACAGUCACCACGAUCACGGGCAUGAUCACCACGAUCACGGGCACAGCCAUGCGCACGGCGCCUGCGGUGGGCAUGAUCAUGAUCAUCAUGCUCCAGCCAAACAGGAUUUGUCGGGAGUGACCCGAGGCAUAAAUGGAUCUGUCACUGAACAUGUGCAUUCUUCAUCCUGUUCUCAUGGACACGGGCCGCACAGUCACGAUCACGGGGAUUCACACGCGCAUCACCAUCAUGAACCUGCGGAAAGCGCAUCUCUGCUCCAUAAUUUUGCCAACCCUGCCGCUGUGCCAACAAAUACUCUAGUUCGUGAAGCGCCAAUGACAGCGCCAGCUCCAAUCAGUCCAGUUCCCGAACCUGCCAAAGUACAACAAACCACGGCUGCUCCGUUGAUUGAUUUAAAUCCUUCGCCUCAGAUUCCGGCGGGAUCUUUUAGCAUUGGAAAACCGAUGUUUCCACCUACUCAAUCUUCCUAUGCCACUUCGUACACGACCCCGAAUUACUCUUUUGCGCCUCCACCGGUAACGCCUCCACAGAUGAACAGCAUGCCUGGCCAGUUUCCGCCUCCAAUCCGUCCCAAUAUCGCCAGUUUUCCCGUUUCCGUAAGUGGUUUUCCACCCAUUACCGUCACUUCUACUAUCCCAGACCAGUCUGCGCUAACGAAUAAUGUACUAUCGGCUUUCCAACUGCCACCAACAACCUCGACACCUCCCAAUCUCAUACCUUUUUCAUACCAACCUGCCCAGAAUGUAGCCACAUCUGCCACACCAGUGAGGAGCGGAUACGGCAAUCCUGACCUUACUAGGACAAAUGUGCCUUCAGACCAGCAUGGAUAUAGCGCUUAACCUCAGCUAAUAGCUUAAUCUUUCAACGCGUUUUUACUACCAGAUUACAGCGUACGCUAUCUUCUAUGGGUUUUUAAUUAAGUUGUUAAUUUACCUGAAUUAUAAAUUUGUGGUAACAUGCACUCGUUAUUGAAGGUUUUUAUUCGGAGUUGCAGUCUUGCAAGAUUACGAAGCAUUUUCCACAAGGAACGUUUAUUGUUGCAACUGACACGAUUUCGUGUAUUGUACUCUUCGCAUGAAUUUAUUAAAUAAACAUAUUUUG